CACCAUCAGGGAAAGACUCACUCCGAGGGCCUGUCGCUGAGCCAGAGCUGUCCCUCCCGAGAUGAAGCUGCUGCUGCUGUGUCUGGGGCUGACGCUGGUCUGUGCCCAUAAUGAGGGAAACCCUGAUGUUGUGACAAGCAACUUCGAUAUGUCAAAGAUUUCAGGGGAGUGGUAUUCCAUUCUCUUGGCCUCAGACAUGAAGGAAAUGAUAGAAGAAAAUGGUAGCAUGAGAGUUUUUGUGGAAUCCAUCCAAGUCUUGUACAACUCUUCCUUGUCAUUUAAAUUCCAUAUGAAGGUCAAUGGAGAGUGUACUGAAAUUUCUUUCAUUUGUGACAAAACAGAAGAAAAGGGUGUAUAUAGUGUUGAAUAUGAUGGAUACAAUACAUUUCACAUAAUUGAAGCUGUCUAUGGUGACUAUCUUAUUUUAUAUCUCACUAAUGUUAAGGAUGAGGAAGAAGCCCAAGUGAUGGAGCUCUAUGCCCGAAAACCAGAUUUGAGCCCAAAACUCAAGGAAAGGUUUAGAAAACUUUGCAAAAAAAAUGGAAUUACUAAGGAAAACAUACUGGACUUGACCAAAGUCGAUCGCUGUCUCCAGGCCCGAGGGAGCAAUGAUGCCCAAGCCUCCAGUGCUGAGUGAAUGCUUCCUGACCUGGGCUCCAGGAUCUUCAUUCCCAUGGUCCCUGUGUCAGCCUGUGACAAGGUCUGCAACCUGAUCUCCAUCACUAUCAUCCAAGAAGGCCUUAUCUCUGAAUCUAAAGGAUCUUCUCUAAUUGUCUAGAGACAGACUCAACAAUUCACCAAGAAUCAAAGGUUUCCUCCAAAUUUCUGACUCUGUUUG